UGACUUUAAGUUGCAAGUUUUCUGUUAAAUUUGAGCCUGAGAAUAUCACAGAUAUACCAAAAGAAGUUGCAAUCUGAUCAUGUCAUCAUUAGCAACUGUGCUGGGGAUAAUCCAGGCUGGAGUCUGGUUAUGGAAUCCCUUCAUUGAAAAGCUGGAUGGUAAAAAAAUUGAAAGAAUACCUCCAAGAUUUGAUACAUGAAAAAGAGCCCCAAAAAAUAAAAUUUAGUACAAUGUAAUGUAAUCGAGGCAAGGUAUCAAUUGGUGAGGGAACUAAGCAAGGAUCAGUCUUUUUGGUCUGUCACUGCUUCUUGAUUCACUAACUUCCACACGUAUUCUCCCCGUCAACUUUAUCUCCCUAUGCUCAUUUAUAAACAAUGCACAUCAAUCUUCCAUGGCUGUCUCCAAGUGCCCCCUGGCAUAUUGGUGUAGGAGAUGGCUCACAAUGUUAGUUUACUUUUCUGCAUCUUCGUUUUCCUCGCAUCAGGUGCAAAAAUGUAUGCAAAUGCCAAAAAUUUUACUCUUGUGAACCAGUGCAAAGAGACAAUAUGGCCUGCAACAAUCACAGAUGGAUCAGGCAACUUCCAUGGUGAAGACUUUAAAUUGGAACCAGGCCAAACCGCCAUCUACAAUGCCUCGGACACGUGGAGUGGCCGCAUAUGGGGUCGGACAGGUUGCAAAUUUGAUACUAAAACUGGCGAUGGGACAUGCCAAACAGGCAGCUGUGGCACCUCCAUUAAUUGCACGAGUGCCGGGAGCCUGCCUGUUUCCAUAGCCGAAUUCACUCUCGGUGAUACUGAUUUUUAUGAUGUUAGCCUCGUGGAUGGGUUCAAUUUGCCCAUUGUGAUCAAGCCUGGUGGCGGUAAAGGCAAUUGCAGCACUGCUGGUUGUGAUGGGGACUUGAGGCAGAAUUGCUCAUCAGAUCUUGCGGUGAAAAAUAAUGGCAACGUUGUUGGUUGCAGGAGUGCAUGUGAUGCCUUCAACAAGGAUGAGUAUUGUUGUCGUGGGACAUAUGGCGACCCUGUAUCGUGUUUGCCUACAAACUAUUCCAAGAGUUUCAAACAAGUAUGCCCUGCAGCAUCUAGCUAUGCCUACGAUAACCGUGUCAGCAUCAUAACUUGCUCUGCAUCAGAUUACUUGGUGGCUUUCUGUGCAUUAAGGAACAGUACAAUUUGCUCCUAUCAGAAUCAGAAGUUUGUUUGCAGUACUACAUCAGAGGGCUUCAAGGCAUUCUCUCAAAGCUGGAGGAUUGUGAUGCUGGCAUUCCCAUUGGUUUCCAUUUUACAAAUUUUGCUCUAGCAAAAUCCUGCACAGCUGUUCAUCAUUUUGAAAUCUAAAAAAGGGAUGUUAUGCUUUGUUUUUU